UAUCCCGGAAAACCAGUGUUUGAACCAUCUAUGUUAAAGGGCAAGAGAGUAAUCAUUACUGGAGCGAGCUCUGGCAUUGGAGAGCAGAUGGCAUAUCACCUGGCAAAGAUGGGAUCCCACAUAUUGAUAACCGCUCGCACUGAAGAGAAACUCAAAAAGGUUGUAGAAAAGUGUACAAAGCUUGGGUCAGCAUCUGCUUAUUAUAUCCAUGGAAGCAUGGACAACAUGACUUUUGCCAAACAAGUAGUACAUGAAGCAGAACGUUUAUUUGGUGGCCUGGACAUGCUCAUUUUGAACCACAUUGGUUUCACAUACUUUGGUUUCUUUGAUGGUGAUGUGGAUCAUAUAAGAACACUCCUGGAAAUUAACUUUCUAAGUUAUGCGACUAUGACAGUGGAAGCUCUUCCGAUGCUAAAAGCAAGUGGUGGCAAUAUUGUGGUGGUCUCCUCCCUUGCUGGUAAAGUUGGUUUACCUCUGACUGUGCCUUAUUCCACCACCAAGUUUGCUCUUGAUGGCUUCUUCAGCUCACUGAGAAUGGAGUUCUACCACCAGAAAGUUAACGUCUCCAUAACAUUGUGUGUUCUCAGCUAUAUUGACACAGAUACUGCUUUAAAUACAGUUGCCCAUGUGAUUCAGCAGCCUGCUGCUCCAAAGGAGGAAUGUGCUUAUGAAAUUAUUAAAGGUGGAUUCCUGCGUCAAAGAGAAGUAUAUUACCAGUACCAAGCCACCAAAAUCCCAAUGCUCCUGAGAGACUGGGCCCCAGAAUUGUUAGAAUAUCUUGUGCUUAAAAACUACGAUGUGGAUGCCAUGACCCAAAAGAAGGAGUGAAAACCGAUGUGUCAGCAAAGGAAGAAAAAU